ACUGUAAUUAAGUUGACGUGUCCUUUUGUAGUGGGCCGGUACGGUUCGAGACAUCUCCAAAAACUCCCGCAGAAAAACUGGAAUAACAACGUUAAAAAGGACGUUACGGUCCAAACAUUCCUACUGUUUCAAAGUGUUAUUGGGAGUCAAGAGUUGCUCACCAGCACCAGUCCAGGAUGGCAGAGGGAGGAUGGGACCCGUGCGAGUGUGUGUGGAAUCACUUCCACGCCAUGGACCGCCUUCUGGAACUGUUGAGAAAUUCUCAGCAAUACUGCACUGACAAUGAGUGUGUCCAGGACCCCCCUGGUCCUAACGGGACCCCAGAAGGCGAUGCGGGGCUGACCCUGACGAUGAUGAUGAUUGCGUGGGUGGUGAUCGCCCUGGUGCUGUACCUGCUCAGGCCCCAGAGCCUACGGGGACAGGGAGACCAGAAACCUGGAGCUGCUAACGAUGAAGGUGGCCCGGAGCCCCCCUCCCCACCCGUACACUGAACAACAACAUACCAAACUGGGAGCAAAGAAUGAUGGAUACCAACAUGUACAGUCCCAUAACUAUGUACAUAAUGUGUAUUUAUGGAGGCCUACAAAGAAUUGUGCAAAUAUUACCAAAUUUUGAGCCUUUAAGGCAAGUUCUUGACAAGACUGCAUAUUUUCAGCACUUUGGAAUAAUGUUGAUUUGGUUAUAGGGAAAGUAUAUAUGUUUCAUGUCUAACAAUAUGGCAAGGGGGUGUGGGGUAAUGUUGAAAAUGAAACAAGGUUAGAAUAGGCCACACCAAUUCAAUUUCUUGGUUCUCAUGUGUGUUUAGCAAAUAUUCAUCAUUGCAAGUAGUUGACAUAAAAGAGGGCUAGCUGGAAAACCAGAAUAUGACUAUUCACUUUCAGAAACUGUGUGUACCAGGUACAUUUGUGUACUGCCUUUCCCUUCAACUGUCUCAUGCUAAUAUUCCAGUUUAGCACUACUUAAAACAUCUGAGAACCAGGACAUUCAGUUGGUUUGGCCUUCUGGGGUAAAACAAGCCAGGGAGCCAUGCUUUUUUGUACCCAAUUUUUUUUCAGGGUAGUGAGUGCGACGAGCCCUGUACAAAAUGGAUGGCACCCAGGCUAGGGUUCAAAAAGAUUUCCUGUGAAAAUGUGUAGUCUUUUCAAACUAUGUGUACUAUGAUGACUUGCUGGACAUAAAUGAAUAAAUAAAAUGUCAGAAUUCUAUUUCAUAAUUGUAUUAUUUCAAAGAAAUCAUGAUAAAUUGACUUAAAAUUUAAAUGCUUAUGUAUGUAUAUUAUCCUUGGAUAUGGCUGACUUCUGAUUUGAAUAAUCAUGUUCUGUGAAGUUUGAAAAUCUGCUCAAGAAAUUUAGAUAAUUUCUACUAAUUGUUUUAAUGGGCAACAUUUUGAAUGAUUGUAGAGUUUAAUAUGCAAAAGCCUUUUCAGCAGAAGUAUGAAAGGAUGCAUUGAAACUGUUUGGUCACCUUGAAUUUGGAAUGUAUGCUAGAAAUCUGAAAUCUAUAAGAAAUCAUAUGAAAAAUUAUAUGAAAAUUUACAUUUAGGUUGGAAUAUAAGACUCUGGACCAUGGAAAUUUGUAAAUGCUUUUCCACAUCUGAAGUGACCAAUGUUAUUUGUAUGCUGUUGUCUAGUGGUUUGUUCCUGUUGGAUACAUGUAUAUAGCUAGGUAGAGCUGUGUACCUCACCUCAACAAAUUUUAGGCACAUGGAUUUAGGCCCAGACCUGUACAUGUACCUAAACCGGUUUGGCCAAUCGUAUCUGUAAGUUAUGCAUGUAGGCAACCAUCAUUUUUAGUGGUAAAUUGUUGUCUUUGUAUGAGCUCGAGGGUGGACAUAUUUUAUUAAUCUUCAACAGUUACAAGUUACCACCUGAUCUUUCUUUAAGUGGUAAAUUGUUAAAAUUGUUGUUCGCCAGAUGCAAUUUACCUUUAUCUUUAGUGUGGAAAAUGGUGCCCACUACUGUUUUAUUUUGUUCAGGUACUCCAGAUGUUCAGUUACAGGUAUUAGGUACACAGUUCUAUAGCUAGGUGACUGUUGUUUACAAGAUGUGCCUUGGGGGGAAGACUGUACAAUCAGACUUUUUGUCAGACUUGUAAAAUGUACUUUUGGGUUUUCCUCUGUAAUUUGAACGGUUGUUGUAAAGCUACUACGUUGAUGUAGCAAUUUUCCCUUGUAUUAAAAGGUUGUAGAUAAAUCA